AUGAAGCUGGCCCUGACUUUGCGACACCUUGCUUCUGGUGACAGCUAUGCCUCGCAGAAGUUGGGCUGGAGAGUACCUCACAACACACAGUCACUGGUGGUCAGAGAGGUUUGCCAUUCCAUACUGGACGAGUACCUGGAUGAGAUGCUGACCUGCCCCAGUACGCCAGAAGAGUGGAAGGAAGUUGCUAACAGAUUCUAUCAGAGGUGGAACUUCCCCCAUGUCCUGGGAGCUCUAGAUGGCAAGCAUGUGUCCAUUAGGUGUCCUCCAGACAGUGGCUCCUUGUACUACAACUACAAGGGGUUCUUUUCAAUCGGGUUGCUGGCCCUUGUGGAUUCUGACUACAAGUUCGUGUGGGCAGAUCUUGGAGGCCUGGGAUCAGCAUCCGAUGCCCAGAUCUACAACUCCAGUGAGCUGAAACAUGCAGCUGAAUAA